AGAAACCGUUCGGAGAGAUGCGUCGGUCAAACAAAUCACACAAGGUUCCCAAUGUCAAACUCAGACCCGCUCAACCACAAUCCCGUCAUGCCCAAGGCGCGCCAUAUGACCACAGCUCAGAUUCCGAACUUAUCCCUCCUGAUGCGAGUAUGGUUGAUCUGUGUCCUAGACCGUUCAAUGGAGUUACGCUCUGCGCGACGGGUACCAUGGACAAGCCUACCUUGUUUAAACAGGCAUUUGAACUUGGCGCAACAUCUACCAGUGAUUUAACGGAUAGAGUGACCCACUUACUAGCAAACAGCCAUGGCGGAGCCAAGUACACGUGUGCGCUAGAACGCAAGAUACCUAUCAUGUGUCCUGAGUGGAUAACGGAUGCGUAUCAAGUCUGGUUGCGUGGAGAUGACGUAGACCUAGCAGAGACUAUUUCUGCGCACCGCCUCCCCAUCUUCUCCGGUGUCACACUCUCACUCUCAGGUAUUGACGACCUCGAGCAACGCGCAAGCAUAAACCGGGCCCUCACCAGACACGGUGGGACGUACGUUAAAGCCAUCGAACGCCCUGUCAAGGUUACACAUCUACUAUGUGCGGGCGACAACGAGACUGAGAAGAUGCGCUACGCUGAUAAGUUCAACAAACGUGGCGAGGCAAAGAUCCACGUCGUCUGGGAGGAGUGGUUCUGGGACUGCUUGGAAUUUGGAGGACGCUUCGAGGAAAAACGAUACGUCGUCACGCGGCCGAGGCCAGAGAGAAAGACUACGAACGAAGAGUUUACCACCUCAAUACCGGUCCAUGACUCCGCCCCAGGCACACACCCUUCGAAUGCGAUUCCUGUCGAUGGGCAUCUACCCAGGACGCCAGCACCACCGAAACCCAGUUUUGAACAUGACAACCUGGAGGAAGAGGAACCUGCUUCCCUUGCGCGGGCUCCAGUUCGCGCAGUGACGCUUCAGCUCUGGGGGAGUCUCUUACGUCCACGGGGAUUCGAGCUCGAUGCAGUUGCCAACAAACUUGUGCGCAGUCCUUCAAAGUCACAGUCAAUGAAAGGCCCAUCGAUGUCGCCAACACGAUUACCAGCACGUCUCAUGCCUGAUGUACGAGCGAAAGUCAAAGAGAAGGAUAAAGAACAGGGGAAAUCCGUGAUCUCUUCAUUCAAACGCGUCAAUUCGUUUGCGCCGCCCGCGAAGGAGCUGGUGACACGGCAGCCGUUCAGACGGACAACCACUGUUGCAGCUCUGGGACCUGAGGACGCAGAGGGGAGUGAAGCACCCCACCGACCUGAGGUCGAGGACUCAAUGGCGACACUCUUCGCGGGUUACCGCUUCCGUCUGCUUGGGGAGGCGAAAUGUGCGAAUGUACGCAAUGCUAUUGAUACCGGGGGAGGCGUGGUCAUGGAUGAAGAUACGGACAAUGUCGAUUUCAUCGUGGUACGACUCAUUAGUGGGAGCAAACUAUAUCAGAACGAACCUGAUGAGAUGUUGCGUGCCAAAUAUCGCACAGAAUGUUGGCUCGAACACUCGGUCUUCCAAGAGCGAAUAUGUGGACCGCACGAAAAUAUAUCAUUCACGCCUCUCACCCUUCCCUGCCCAAUACCUAACGCCGAACAAAUCAUUCUGAGCCUUUCUGGACUUGAUCAGUCUGAGCUAUGCUGGACAAAGCGUCUGCUGCGCGCGUUGGGUAUAACGCUCGCCCAGAUAUUCUCCCGACGUUCGACACAUCUACUUUGUCCGAGUGCUUGUGGUGCCAAAUAUGACAAGGCAAAAGAGUGGAACAUCCCCGUCGUGGGCAUGGCAUGGCUGGAGGAUAUGGCAACGGAGGGGACGGUGCCUGACAUCAGCGAAUAUCUCAUUGGCGAAGUCAGCGACCGAAUGGCAAAGGGUAAGGCGAAGGACGUGCGGAUGGUGGAUACUGCUAAGGGUAAUAACAAAUCUGUCCCUCCGCUAUUCGUAAAGAAGUCAAAUCUCCUACAAGAUCUCCGAACAUCUACUCUUCUUGAUAUCGAGCACGCCCCCCCGGUCACAUUCUUCGGCAAGUCAAACGGCUCACUCGAUAACGCUUUGCCACAAUGCGAGGGCGACGAUGGGGAGCGAUUCUCAGCCUCUCCGCCUCCAUUGCCACCGCAAAGCAGCUCUCCUCCACUUGAAUAUGUGGAUUUGCCCCCUGCACGCCAGAGACCUCCAUUGCUCUUUGAAGAGUUCAAUCCUCCGGUGCCUUCACUGGAUCCUAACGGACGUAUACCCUCCUCCAGCUCGCCCUCGCCAAUGAAACUCCCACCAAGUUCAGAUGCAAGGCUGACGUGCGAACCCUCACCGGUGCGAGUGCCUCAUCCACGAGACGUUGCACGCGAGUUACAGGAGAGCCUAACGACGCUGCUGGGGAAGAGACAGAUAUCAGAAGACGAUGUUAUGCGCCCGGAGCAGCGGAGGGGCAAGCGGCCGCGGCCACAGCCGCGCUCCAGGGUGCAAUCUCGGCAAGAAUCACGCGAGACCGUUACUAGUCCUUCACGACUUGUGCCGCUUCCUCAGCCCAUAUAUUAUGAUGCGAUGAGCCUGCUGGACGGGAGCGCGCGUCCGAGUGAAGAUAGUCUGCGCGUGACGUAUGAGGAUCCUGGACAGGAGGCGGAGAAGCGGAAGCUAAUGGCUUUACUUGGGGAGGAGGGUGUGGGCAGGAAGGGCAGGAGGAAGAACACAAGGAUAGUAGGACGUUGAUGUGCAUCCAAGUGCUGUAUCUCUGGUAGCGUAUUGUUAUAUCAUCUAGUUUGACUACCUUGCAACAAUACUAUCACUCCUGGGGUUCUGCAACAUUUUCAAUAAAUCUUUUGUAACUCCUCAACCACAUCAUAUUGUCUUCUACGGAUUUACACCAAUAUAUAUUCGUAUCUGCU